UUACGCUUAUUCUUGUCCCUCAUCUCGUAGCUUCAUUGCAAAAUUUUGGACACACUGAGCAUUUCCCACAGCAUUCCACCAUGGCAGACAGCGACGACAUUGUCUUGCGCUCUAUAGCUGCUACGAAGGCUAAAUAUGUCAACCUGGGGAAAUCAGGCCUCCGGGUAUCGAACCCCAUUUUCGGCUGCAUGAGCUUCGGAUCAAAGGAAUGGCAGCCAUGGGUCAUUGAAGAAGCCGAAGCACUUCCCCUGCUCAAGGCCGCGUACGAUAAAGGUCUCAACACCUGGGACACUGCCAACGUCUACUCGAACGGAGUCAGCGAAGAGAUCAUCGCCAAAGCUAUCAGCAAAUAUGGCCUCAAUCGCGAAAAGCUUGUCAUCAUGAGCAAGAUCUACGGAUACGUUGGCGAGGAAGUGAGCACAAGAGGCAUCGUGUAUGGCGAGAAAAUUGCAGAGAGCAAAGAAUACGUCAAUCAAGGCGGUCUGUCAAGAGGCGCGAUAUUCAGAACUGUGGAUGCGAGUCUGAAGAGACUGAACAUGGACUACAUGGAUGUUCUGCAGAUCCACAGAUUCGAUCCUUAUACGCCAGUCGAAGAGACGAUGGAGGCUCUUCAUGAUCUGGUCAAGAGCGGCAAAGUCCGGUACAUCGGAGCUUCUAGCAUGUGGGCCUACCAAUUUGCACAAAUGCAAUUCGUUGCUGAAAGGCACGGAUGGACUAAGUUUAUCAGCAUGCAAAACCACUAUUCCCUGCUCUACCGAGAAGAAGAGCGUGAAAUGAACCGGUUCUGCAACGAAACAGGCGUCGGCCUUGUUCCCUGGUCACCACUUUGCCGAGGCUUCCUUGCACGGCCACCGAAAGAAUAUGGCAACACUGAGCGAUCAAAAUCCGAAAUUGAUUCUCCACUGUUCGAAAGUGGCUCCAGCCCUGCCGACAAGGAGAUCAUCAAGCGAGUGCAAGAGCUUGCCGAGAAGAAAGGCUGGACCAUGUCCCAGGUUGCACUGGCUUGGAUCAACAAGAGAGUGGCUAGUCCGAUUGUUGGUUUCAGCAGCGAAGCACGUUUGGACGAGGCUCUGGCAGCAAGAGGGAAGGAAUUGACACCGGAAGAAGAGGAGUACCUCGAAAAGCCUUAUAUCACGAGAGCCAUCGAAGGCCAUUGAGGGAAGCUAGGCUCCAGGCGUGACAGCGCGAGAUCUUGAUUGCUUGGCACGCUGGGCUUGCACGAGAGUCGAAAUGUGUUGUUACGCUGCAAGGCUGACUUCUGUUGAAAGGUGUAAUAGAGCUCGGAUUCAAGAAUACAAUCUAGAGACACCACGUACUCCAAUUCAGGAUCUGUCUGCUUCACGACCUCGAAAAGGGAGCAGCACUGUAGGGCUCCUCGUAGUAUACCUCUACACAGCCAAGAGAACAAACCGCCAGCAUAAAUCUCAACCAACGACAUCAAAACAACAGCUAGGAGCUUCUACUCUCCCGAACUGACAGCUCCUCA